GCAGAUAACGUUUGACACGUGCGGUGUUUGUAAACAGUGUUGAACACACCUCCAUUAGAAACAAUUCGAUUAUGUCGCAAAACAAAGGAGCGGUGAUAAUCUUUCCGUAUAAAUUCCAGUAAAUGGGAACGGUGCCAGGUUGUUGUCUUAUUAAUUCACCCGUACAGUCCACCAGACCACACGCCAAAGGUUAGAGUGACCUCCCUUCAAGAACGAAUCGAAGAUGGCGGCAUUGAGAGGACAGGUAACAAGACUCAUCAUCCACUCUGGCAGAAAGUCAGUCAGGAGCUAUACAGUUGGCAGCUCAUUCAGAUACAAUGACCUGAAGGUUAGCCUAACGGAUGACCCACAGCCCAAACCCCCAAAUGACAAGCUGGUGUUCGGACACCACUUCUCCGACCACAUGCUGGAGGUGGCGUGGAGCAAGGAUGGGGGAUGGAAGGCACCAGAGAUUGUUCCUGUCCACGACUUCAAGAUGCACCCUGCCGCCAAGGUUCUUCACUAUGCCACAGAGCUGUUUGAGGGGAUGAAGGCCUACAGGUGUGUGGACAACAAGAUCCGUUUGUUCCGGCCCAUGGAAAACAUGAAGAGAAUGAACAGGACCGCAGAAAGAUCAGCUCUGCCGACUUUUGACGGCGGUGAGCUGGUGAAGUGUAUGAGCAAGCUGAUCAGCAUUGACAGCGAGUGGGUGCCGUACUCGGACGCCUGCAGCCUCUAUAUCAGACCCACUCUCAUCGGCACCGAUCCUACCCUGGGCGUGACUGUGAGCAACAAUGCGCUCCUGUAUGUGCUGCUUGGCCCCGUGGGACCCUACUUCCCCACAGGCCUGAAACCCGUCACUCUCCUCGCUGAUCCCAAGUAUGUUCGGGCCUGGCCAGGGAGCUGCGGCCAGUACAAGAUGGGAUCGAACUACGGCCCCACCAUCGCCAUCCAGGACAAGGCACUGAAGGAGCACAACUGUCAACAGGUUCUCUGGCUGUACGGCCCCGACCACCAACUGACCGAGGUCGGCACCAUGAACCUCUUCAUGUACUGGGUCAACGAGCAGGGAGAGGAGGAGCUGAUCACUGCGCCACUGGACGGCCUCAUCCUGCCUGGCAUCACCCGCAUGAGUCUCCUGGACCUGGCCCGAGAGUGGGGAGAGUUCAAGGUGACUGAAGGGAGAUACACCAUGAAGCAGGUGUUGAAGGGGCUCAACGAAGGACGGGUGAAGGAGAUAUUUGGUGCUGGCACUGCCUGCACGGUGUGCCCAGUGGAGAAGAUCCUCUACAACAACCAGCUGCUGGAUAUCCCCACCAUGAAGGAGGCCAAGCUGACCAACAGGUUCAUGUCAGUACUCACCGACAUCCAGUUGGGACGCAAACCUCAUGACUGGAUGUUGGAUGUGGAUGAUAUUGAAGAAGAUCUGAAAAUGGGAAUGCAGGCCUGAGUUGUCUCCCCCUUCACUUUGAGGAUGGGAGUGAUCUCCCCUCUGUAAACAGUCUUGAUCUUGACACUGUUAGAGACACUGUUAGACAUAGAGAACAAAUGCAUAUAGUUGACAGUGGUCUCGUUUUUGGUCAGCUGAAUUUCUGAAUAUCAACAUUUGUGAAAGUUCUUGCACAUAUAAAUGAACCCAUUCCUCAAUAUAUGUAUCGAGGUUCAAAUUUUAAUAUAUUUUAAGCAUACAUUUCAUGCAUUUAUUGGUAAAUAUUACCAUUAUUGAUCAAAUGUUUGACAUGUCAUCCGGGAUGAGCCAGAAAUGUCUCAGUUGAAUGAAUCUCAAAUACGUGAUCGACCUAAUUAGUGUCUUCAUCACUGUUCCACCCCGAGCAAAGCAAUCUCAGCACUAGGAUUGUGUUAAGUCUCUGUUGAUGUAUAAUCAUAAUCAUCUCAGUGAUAAGAUCAUUUUAUGGAAAAAGUCCUCAGCAUUUCACAAAGCAACAAUACAAGGGGUUCUUUAAAAAUGCUACAGUUAGGUAUUUCGAUAGUAUCAGUGUAAUUUUUAGGGGAAGGGCACUAUUUAGGUCGAUUGCGGUAGUCAAAUAUUGUUUAAGACGGUGAAAUGAAUCUACUCGGUCUGUUCAUGUAUAGAGCACAAACUUUACACUGAUUGGAAAUAUUGAUCUUUUAUAUUUUUAUGCGAGUUUUACUUGAUGCUCGAAUCUCUAAGCUUUUCAUGACUGAGGGUGAUACUCCAUGAAAUAUUUGUACAAAAUGGAUCAGGUGUGUAUAUAGUAUGGGAUUGCUUUUAUUUUGUCUCCAUAGCAACUAUUUUGCUUCUUUUUUUUUUGUUACCAUAGAGACUGUUUUGACUUGUUUUGUUUCCAUAGCAACUGUUUCGUUUUAUUGAUGUGUUUUAUUAUUUGGUUUUGAUGUGGUGCAGAUAUUUCAGACCAAGGGUAAAGCGGGGCCAUCUUGAUGCAAGUAUGUUGCAGACUACAUAGGUGGGACAGAUGGAUGGACAGAGGAGGGAGUCGUUGAAUCUACAAGAGUGUAAAUCCCCACUUACAGUGUUGUGAGCAUGUAACAUGUAACCAUUACUGUUACACACGCUGUGCAGAUUCAAUCUCCAAGAUGUUACAUGUGCCGUCAUGUGGUGUUAACUGGAAUGUCUGUUCUAGGCCAUAGAAUGAUGUUACACUGUAACACUACCCUGACUUGUCACAUCUGUUCCAGGUGACGUUACACUGUAACACUCCUUUGACAUGUGACCUGUCACAUCUGUUCCAGGUGACGUUACACUGUAACACUCCUUUGACAUGUGACCUGUCACAUCUGUUCCAGGUGACGUCACACUUUAAUACUGCCAUGACAUGUGACCUAUCACGUCUGUUCCAGGUGACGUUACACUGUAACACUCCUUUGACAUGUGACCUGUCACAUCUGUUCCAGGUGACGUCACACUGUAACACUCCUUUGACAUGUGACCUGUCACAUCUGUUCCAGGUGACGUCACACUUUAAUACUGCCAUGACAUGUGACCUAUCACAUCUGUUCCAGGUGACAUCACACUGUAAUACUGCCGUGACAUGUGACCUGUCACGUCUGUUCCAGAUGACAUCACACUGUAAUACUGCCGUGACAUGUGACCUGUCACGUCUGUUCCAGGUGACGUUAGACUGUAACACUCCUUUGACAUGUGACCUAUCACGUCUGUUCCAGGUGACAUCACACUCUAAUACUGCCGUGACAUGUGACCUGUCACGUCUGUUCCAGGUGACGUCACACUUUAAUACUGCCAUGACAUGUGACCUAUCACGUCUGUUCCAGGUGACAUCACACUGUAAUACUGCCGUGACAUGUGACCUGUCACGUCUGUUCCAGGUGACAUCACACUUUAAUACUGCCAUGACAUGUGACCUAUCACGUCUGUUCCAGGUGACAUCACACUGUAAUACUGCCGUGACACGUGACCUGUCACGUCUGUUCCAGGUGACGUUUGACUGUAACACUCCUUUGACAUGUGACCUGUCACAUCUGUUCCAGGUGACAUCACACUCUAACACUGCCGUGACUCUGUAACAUGUGUUCCAGGUGACAUCACACUGUAACAUUGCCAUGACUGUCACAUCUGUUCUAGGUGACAUCACACUCUAACACUGCCGUGACUCUGUAACAUGUGUUCCAGGUGACAUCACACUGUAAUACUGCCGUGACUUGACCCGUCACAUCUGUUCCAGGUGACAUCACACUGUAACACUGCCGUGACUCUGUAACGUCUGUACUCGAUGGCUGUAACUGCAUCCUGGCUGCACUGCUUCCUCCUGACUGUAACAUACAGACAUCAUCUGUCUCUUAUUGUUGCAUUGUUUUAUUUUGUUUUAACCGAGUGCCAUGUGAAGAUUAUCAUAUCAACAUAUUGUUUGCUGAAUCUCAGUUGUUUUUUGACAUUAUUUCUAGUUCCAGUUAUCCAGGUAGUAUCCCAUAACAUUGUUCUUAUCUAAUCCAUGUAUUCAGUAUUCAGUUAGUAUCACAUAUCAGGAGUAUAACCCGAUGUCCGUGCUAGAAGAGUCUUCACAGGCUGGGCUGUCAGACAGACAGACAGACGUCAUCAGCUGCCAGUGUGCAUACCAUACACGUUGACUGAUCUUUCAUCAUGUUGCUAUACUACCCACCAGAAAUAAGGGAAUGAUAUGUUUCACUUCAAGUGCUUUAACCUAACAGGUCCAAUUGAUGGUCGGUAUUAGUAUGGCUACCUUGAGUGAUACAUUAAUUAAUUAAUUUAUUAUUAUUAUUGUUAUUGACUUUUGCAAUGCCCACUAGUGCAUGUAGAUGACAGUGGAUCAAAUUUUAUCCUCAGCUCCCUUGUGCAGUCCAAUUCAGGAAGGACUAGAAGACUCCCGCUUUCACCACAAGGUUGAUUGUAACUCUGCAGUGGAAGCAUUCCCUUAUUAUCUGUGGGUAGUAUAUACAUGGGACCCUCCUGUUGUAGUGUGUACUUUCAGCCCCAGGUACGGAACUCUUAGGGUAGCAGUCUUGAGGUGAAGGACGGAGAUCUCCGUCCUUGAACCUUGUUACAAGCAGUGGUUUUAUCAACAAAUCAAAACGUUUCUGUAAUUAGUCUAGUCAUUUUAUGGAUUAUUAUUUUUGUUUGUGUCAUCUGAACAAUUCAGUGACGUCUCCAGUCAAAUGUUGACACACCUUCGAGAUUAUUUCAAGAUUCACAUGUAGUCAGCCGGUGUGGACUGGUUUCCUUCUGGUCGAUCGCCGCGGAAACAAACAACGUCUGAAUUGUCAGUCAGUCCCUUUUCCGUUUGGUAGCUGUACUCUGUCCGUAUCUAAGUUUUUACAGUAAUAUAACUGAAUGUUGUAUUUGCCAAAAGAGAUAUAUUUUGGAACGCAUUUACGAUAAUGAACAAGAUGUGAUACAUAAAACAAGAUUGAAUUUGUCUGAUAUCUGCUGUUGAAUAUCAGUAUUAGUAUCCAUGAUAAUGAAAGACUGUGUGAUUUGGAUAUUGUAGUUAACUAUUAACAUAAUUUGGUUUUGUGGCAUGUUCAUGUCAGCUUAUCAAUACAGGGCAGGUGUAUUUGCUUAUACACGCUAUGGAGGGUGAAGUGGAUGAAGAGUUACCUCCCUUGAGAAUGUAACUUCUCUGUCCCCUUUGUUCAACAUGAAUCUCUCUCAGGUCAUUAUGUUAUUUCUUUGCUUUAUCUUUGCUUAUUAAUAUGAUGAUGAUUAUAAAAAUUGUUUAAAGCUAUAUGAAUCAUUACCUUGCUAUAUUUACCACAUUUUGUUCUGUUAUCGGCUCAGAGAUGCAAAUUACUGAUGCAUAUCGUAGACACGAAACACAUAUCGUUGGUGACAAAUGUAUAUUGCUGUUAACAAAGGCAUAUCGCUGGUAACAUGUAUAUCGCCGAUAAAGGCAUAUCACUGGUAACAUGUAUAUCGCAGGUAACUGGCAUAUAGCUGGUAACAAAGGCAUAUAGCUGGUAACAAAGGCAUAUCGCUGGUAACAAAGGCAUAUCGCUGGUAACAUGUAUAUUGCAGGUAACAAAGGCAUAUCGCUGGUAACAUGUAUAUCGCUGGUAAAAAAGGCAUAUCAUUGGUAACAAAGGCAUAUCGCUGGUAACAAAGGCAUAUUGCUGGUAACAUGUAGAUCGCUGGUAACAUGUAGAUCGCUGGUAACAAAGGCAUAUCGCUGGUAACAAAGGCAUAUUGCUGGAAACAUGUAUUUCGCUGGUAUCAAAGGCAUAUCACUGGUAACAAAGGCAUGUGGGCAAUCAUAUGGAACAGUUUCUGACAGAUUGAUCAACUAACAUAACACCUCAAUACUGAGGUAUUAGUUUCUUCCUGGAUGAAAUAAUUGCUGGUAUACAGUUUAUUUUUGGUUGUCAGGAAAAAAGUCAGAAAUCAGAAAUAUUUAUUAGUAAUUUAUUGUCAGAUCAUUCUUACACACGGAUGAUGAAAAAAUGUUCAAAAGAUGCAGAAUGAGAUGCCAUGAAAAUAUAAAAAAUAUAUGUAUAGCAUUUAAGUGGUAUGUAUGCCUCUCAUGACAAGUAUGACUUCAGUUUGUUCAGAAUGAACAAAAAAAGGCGAUGGAUGACAUUUGGACCAAUGCUUAAGCUUAAUGCUCGCUAUGGACCAGUUGUAACAGUCUUUGUUCUCCCUAGUACCGACAGAGGAAUCUCACAGUAUUCCUGGAGUGUGUUUUUUCCUCCAGAUUGUAAUAUCAUUAAUUUCUACGGGCAGCUUUUGAGUUGAACAUUUUAUUAUUUUGCACUUGUGGUUUAUGAAUGUUAUUUCUUGUACAGUAUGUGAGGUAUUAGGUGUGAGUGGCUGUUCUGUGAUAGGGAAUACAUGUACUUGAAAUAUAUAUAUAUAUAAGUGUGAAAUGAUGUAGGGAUUGGAAACAGGUGGAAGAAAUGGUUUCCCACAUUUCCUACUAAAAAGAAGUUACUGAACACCUGAUUCUUUCCUGUAACUAUGGUCAUGGCAGAUUGGCUGGUCAGAAAAAGAAAAUGGGUAUUCCUUAACUUCUUUUGAGUAGUACAUAUUGUCUGUCUCAGCAUUUCCUCGUUUGUUCUCUUCAUCUAGUUUUAAAACUCUUCUUAUGCCCGAGUAUGAACCUUGAUCUUUGCGCACCAAACUUUGGUCUGGGUCUCCCUACUGUAGGGAAAUUAGGAUGAAAGGAUGUGAUGUUUAGGGAUGAGGGAUGUGAUAACGGGGAUGAAAG